AUGUCGGCUGCAAUUGCAGCGCUGGCUGCUUCCUAUGGUUCGGGUUCAGGGUCCGAAUCGGACUCGGACAAUGAGAGCGGGCGGUGCUCGCUCCCAGCCGCCGAUUCCCUCAUGCAUUUGACUAAGUCGCCGUCGGCCAAGUCCUCUCUGGCAGUGGCGGUGGACUCGGCUCCCGAGGUGGCAGUUAAGGAAGAUUUGGAGACUGGAGUUCACCUUGACCCUGCUGUCAAAGAAGUUCAGUAUAAUCCUUCCUAUGAGACCAUGUUUGCUCCCGAGUUUGGACCAGAAAACCCCUUUAGGACACAGCAGAUGGCUGCCCCUAGAAAUAUGCUUUCCGGAUAUGCUGAGCCAGCUCAUAUCAACGAUUUUAUGUUUGAACAGCAAAGGAGAACUUUCGCCACCUAUGGUUAUGCAUUGGACCCUUCACUAGACAGUCAUCAAGUGUCUACUAAGUACAUUGGUUCUGUCGAAGAAGCUGAAAAAAAUCAAGGUUUAACUGUGUUUGAGACUGGUCAGAAGAAAACAGAAAAGAGAAAAAAGUUCAAAGAAAAUGAUGCAUCUAAUAUUGAUGGUUUCCUGGGACCCUGGGCAAAAUAUGUGGAUGAAAAAGAUGUAGCCAAACCUUCAGAAGAAGAACAAAAAGAAUUGGAUGAAAUCACAGCAAAGAGGCAGAAGAAAGGCAAACAGGAAGAUGAGAAACCCGGGGAGGAAAAGACUAUCUUACACGUCAAAGAAAUGUAUGACUACCAGGGCAGGUCAUAUCUUCACGUACCUCAAGAUGUUGGCGUUAAUCUCCGGUCAACUGUGCCCCCUGAGAAGUGUUAUCUCCCCAAAAAACAAAUUCAUGUAUGGUCUGGGCACACAAAGGGUGUCAGUGCAGUCAGACUGUUUCCUCUCUCCGGCCAUUUGCUGCUGUCUUGUUCCAUGGACUGUAAAAUUAAGCUAUGGGAGGUGUAUGAAGACCGGCGCUGUCUGCGAACAUUUAUUGGUCACGGUAAAGCAGUUCGGGACAUCUGCUUUAACACCGCAGGGACUCGGUUCCUCAGUGCAGCCUAUGAUCGAUACCUGAAGCUCUGGGACACGGAGACAGGACAGUGUAUAUCGAGAUUUACAAACAGAAAAGUACCUUAUUGUGUCAAGUUUAAUCCUGAUGAGGAUAAGCAAAAUCUCUUUGUGGCUGGAAUGUCUGAUAAAAAGAUUGUACAGUGGGACAUUCGCAGUGGAGAAAUUGUACAGGAAUAUGACCGACAUUUGGGAGCUGUAAACACCAUUGUUUUUGUGGAUGAGAAUCGGAGAUUUGUAAGCACGUCCGAUGAUAAGAGCCUAAGAGUUUGGGAAUGGGAUAUCCCUGUGGAUUUCAAGUACAUAGCAGAGCCUAGUAUGCACUCAAUGCCUGCAGUGACUUUGUCUCCAAACGGGAAGUGGUUGGCAUGCCAAUCAAUGGACAACCAAAUCCUAAUUUUUGGAGCACAGAACAGAUUUAGAUUAAACAAGAAAAAAAUCUUUAAGGGCCAUAUGGUAGCAGGAUAUGCUUGUCAAGUGGACUUUUCGCCCGACAUGAGCUACGUGAUUUCAGGAGAUGGGAAUGGGAAAUUAAACAUUUGGGACUGGAAGACCACAAAACUCUACAGUCGGUUUAAAGCUCACGAAAAAGUCUGCAUAGGAGCAGUGUGGCACCCCCACGAGACCUCGAAAGUCAUAACGUGCGGCUGGGAUGGGCUCAUUAAGUUGUGGGAUUAAUGACAUUAAUCCUUCAACCGUCUAGGAUCGUUUUUGAUCCAGUGUCCUAUUUAACUUUAUUUAAUUAUUAAAUGUGCUGGAUGCCAGCGUGAUUUAUGGAUAAGGUUUUCCUUACCUUGCCUUAUGUAGUUGACCCAUUGUUUGGUUUUUUUUAACUUCCAAAUUUGACACAGAUAAUUCCAUUGUCUAUUCAUUUGUACGAAGAAGGGUCGUUGGCUUAAACUUGACAGCCAGUACUUUUUAUUGGUGGGAAGUUUGAGUUUACUUUGUGAACUGUACUGAAAGACUCCUCAUUGGUCUGAAGCUCUAGAGGAGGUAGUAUAAUUAUGACUAAGACCUCGAAAGGAUAUACCUUCAACAAAAAGGGCAGUGAAGAAGAAUGAGGAUAAAGUGUAACAUAAACCCAAAAUUAGGGGGGAACAUCCACAGUUUCUGUUCUAGUAUCAGUUCGGAGUGGGCCCGGUUCUAGUCUUCUGCUGACUUUGAUGGCCUGUGUGUCUGUUGUUAGUUGUAAACCAGCAGUCGGCUUUGCCGUGUUCCUCUCAUGGCUGAACAGUGUCAAUAAAGAUCAGUCCAAAGAGCUCUUUCCUUGACUUUCUUCCUGAGUGCUGCAGGCAGAACUAGGUUGUUUCAGGCCGGAGAAUGUGUUGUCUCAAAAGAUGCAACCUGAGAAUGAGCCAACGCUCUGGCAUUUCUUUGGUGCGCUGUCAGUAAGGAAGGACGCGGCUGUGCUGUCAGACACCGAGAGCCCAGACAGCGCUCCUGAAGUGCUCCUUGGAGAAGAGCGCCUGCGCCUGAGGGGAUGGCCCAAAAUGGCAGCUUGUGGCUUCUCUACGGCCAUCUGUUUUACCUUUAAGGUCGUUUUGAUUCCGUCAAUACAUCCAACAGAGCCUUUUAAAAUUAGGGAAGCUUUCAACUUCUUUCCAAACCUUUGCAUAAAAUUGAUACCCCAGGAAGAUGCUAGAAUUCCCCAGAUUGAGAAGCAAUGACCAUGGUACAAACAGAAGGACUAAUUCAAGACAGCCUCUUGCAGGUGGUCACUCACCGCACUUUAGUUUGACAAGGUAUUUCUCCACUUUUAUUACAAAUCUAUAUUAGAUGUUUGCAUGUGGUUUAAAGUACAUCAGUACCGCGCUGAGACGGAUUGGUUGACUGCUACCCAGUAUGCUGGCUUGGAGACCAAAAUCAUGUUGAGUAUUGAUGUUGUCCCCAGGGCAUUGAGCGCCAAGUCCUCUACUGGAAAUAGCAGAGCAUGUCCCUUGCCCUUAGAGAGUUCCCAUUUUAAAAACCUACAGAGAAAUGCCUGCUACAUGAGCAGGCCCUCCAGCCACAUACAGAUGAGCUGCAGAGAAGAGAAUCCUGGAGGGGAUGUCUCUCUGGACAGCCUCGCAUGCCAAGAAAGGGGGACAGACUGCCUAGGGGACAGGGUGCAGACAGGGCCCUUCUGGAGCCCCAGCCACUGGCUUUCACAAAUACGAAUUAUUAAAAUUUGAUGGGGGCCAAAAUAUGGAUCAUAGAUGCAAGCUCUCUUCUUCAGCACCAGUAUUGUGUAUGAUACAAAUCAUAAUUUCUAAGUCUGGAUUUAUUUUGUUGUGCUUUUGACUAAAUAACUGUAUAUAAAAGUUGUCUCUUUUUAAGAAGAUUGUAUUUUUAAAUAAAGCAAUUUUUUUUUUGUAGAAAAUG